GCUGAGUGUUUAAUAGUCAAUACUCAAUAUUAUACAUUUUCUUCCCUGUCGAGUAACGUUUGUGAAAUUAAUAAUUGUAAUUUAUGAGUUGAAUGUAAUUUGUAGUGGUUUUCGGGUUAUAACUUUUUUUUUGGAUAAUGUUCUUAUGUAUUUGUGUUAGUCAGGCGUAAAUUGAUUAGGCGAAACUAUACACCUGAAAUUAUUAAGUGUAUUUUAUAAUGUGUAUCAUUGAUUUCUAGAAAAUUUUUGAAGUUCAGUUAUUAAAAUUAAAACACAAUGGGUAAAAAAGCUCCAAAAAUGAAGAGCAUUACCAAAAGCAAGACAAAGACUCACAAGCAGAAGGUAAAAUCUCAUAAGAAAAACAAGAACAUUUCAAAACAAAAGUAUCGAACAAAACAACGGUCAGAGAGUCAAGACAAAUUAAAAAAACCGGAGGCACCUCUUACCGACUAUUUGACACACAAAUCAAAUUACAUUGCUGUCCGAUUUAUAUUUGAAUGCGGUAUUAAACUGGGUCUUAAACAUAUAACUAUAUGCUCAGCAGCAGUUUACUUCCAUAAGUUUUAUAAACAUGUUGAUGAAACCGCUUAUGACAAUUAUUCUAUAGCUAGUGCAACUUUAUACUUGGCUAGUAAAGUACAAGAUGAAACCAUCAGACUUCGAGAUUUGAUAAAUGUGUGUUACCACACAUUACACAGGGAUGCAGCUCCAUUGCGCUUAGCUGAAGAUUAUUGGAACUUCCGGGAUUCCAUUGUGCAUGCUGAAAUGUUAAUCAUGAGAAUAGUACAAUUUGACACUACUUUCGAUCAUCCACAUAAUUAUUUUUUGCACUACGUUCAGACUCUAAGACCAGUUUUCUAUUCAAAACAUGGCAAGGACAUCAUUGUAUUUAAGAAAGCAUAUGAUUUCUUACACGAUUUUUAUCAUAGUAGUGAUAUUCUUCAGUUUAAGGCACAGCAUAUUGCAAUUGCUUGUAUUGAACUAGCGAUCAAAGUUUAUGGCAUUCCUUCUCAAAUAAUUGAUUAUGAAAUUAAACCUUGGUAUCAGCAAUUAUUUGCCAAAAAACGUUAUUAUAUUGUCUACAAAAUAUGAGCAAAAAUUAAAUGUAUGAAAGAUCAUUGGAAUUUGAGAACAAUUUAAUUGAUGUAUAUUUUAGCUGAUUUUUAAAAGGAUACCAAUCAUUUUGAAGUGAUAUGUCUCUUCUGUUUCAACAUAGCAGGGCUGUUGAUAUUUAGUCAUAUUUUAAUAACCAUAGAAUGUAAUAUUAUUCAGGGUCAUAUAAUAUAAGGAAAUUUGGUUCAUUUUAUUUCAUAUAAUUUGUUCAUAUUUAGGACGUCUUAGGAUAUUGCUUAAAAAUAUUUUAUUAUCCUUGAACGUUCUAAAAGUAAAAAUUUUAAAGUUUGAUAGAAAUGAGAAAGUAUUGUUUUAAGUAUACAAAAAAAUUCAAGAUUUGAGAUUCACAUAUUUUCUAUCUUACUAUAAAACUUAACUCAUUCAUAUUUUUUUAUUAAUAUUAAAUGUUGAAUAAAUAGAACUCUUGAUAAGAAACAUGCUGUAAAUCAUCAAAACUAAAUCAAUAAUUUAACUUUUUUUCAAGGCAUUGGUUGAAGAUUUGGACAAGGAUACACUUUGGAAUGUUAUGGCAGCGAUCAUGGACACGUACGAUCUCGAGUUAACUACCAACUAAAUGCAAUACUAUUCCUUUUAAUUUGUGUUUGUAUUUUGUUUAAAUUUUAUUAAUAAUAAUUCUUAUAAAAAGAAAAAAUAAAUAAUUAUAAAAAAAAAUCCGAUGUAACAGUUUUUUUUGUAUCCCACCAUUUUUUUUUAAAAUUCCUAUAUACUGUAUAACCACAUACAAACAUUAGCAAAACCUAAUAAACUUAAAUAUUUAUAAA